AUGAAUAGCCUUGAGCUAAAUCUUCAUGCAAUAAUACUAGAUGAACUAUCAAAUGUUUUAGGUACUGAUCCAGAAACUACCAAAGAAGAAGUUUCACAGUUAAUCAAAAGAUGUUUGCCAAUGAUGCCAAUGAUAAAUAAGGAUGAAAUAGAAAGUGAAAAUUUGGUUUUUAAAACUGGUUUGAUGACAAAAGCACUCUUUCAAGAUGUUUCUGCAUUAGCUUUUUUUGCAUCAAUUACUACAAAUGAGUCCUAUGUUGAUGAGAUUCUUCCAAUUCUUUUGAAUUAUUUAAAAAAUCUUGCUAGAUUUUCAUAUGAGGAAAAUCUAACCUGGAAAGAAGUAUUCUCUCUUCUUGGAAAGUUGGGUGCAGAGUUAAAGACUCAAAAUGCUGAACAUGUAUGUACUAUUGUUAUUCCAAUAUUAAAUGGCUUGUUACGUUCAAUUGAAAGUUCACAUCAUCCAUGGCAUUUUCAAGACUUUGAAUAUUUCGCCCAUCAAACUCAAACCAUAAUUUACAAUGAUACUUUACAAGAAGUUCAACAGAUUAUAGAAACAAUAUUAAAAUCUUCAGAAUCACAUCACAUAUAUGUAAAAAGGUUUUUAUCAAGAUAUCAGAAUCAAGGAUUUCCAAUUUCUGGCAAUGGACUGUUAUAUUAUGUAACUAAAUUAUUGAAAAGUGUAUUGGCACGUUCAAUGUUUACUGAGAAAUAUACUGAAUAUACAAUGGCUUUAAUGUCAUUCAAUGAUAUAUGGAGCAUAUUAAUAAAUCAAAAAGCUGAAAAUCAUUUACCUAUUGCUGAUUAUGUUAAAAAAACAUUAAGAAGAAUCUAUGUAAUGUCAUUACAAUAUUUUUCUGAGUUAAAAGAUUUAUUAGAUAAUUUGGUGGCUCAAGAUAAUGAUUGUCUGCCAUCUUUGUAUGCAAGAGAAAUUAUGGCUGUUAGUUUAGAUUUAGCAGCAUUAGCAAGCAUUUGUCUCAUUGAAUUUGAUGAUGAAUUAAUUAGUAAACUCACCUCCUCAUUAUUUAAUGUUCCACAGACUCCAGAUGUAAAAGUUCAAGUGGCAGCACUUGAUGCAGCAACAUUUCUUGCUUUAAAUUUUCCACAGACUACAUUAAAUAUGAUUCAAUUAGUCCGAAAAUUUUUAAUAACUCCAUCAACUAUAUUUGAAUUGGCAGUAACUGUUGAUAAAAAUCUUACAAUUCUUGAAUAUGCAAUUGUUCGUCUAGCUCAUUGUCUUAAGGCUGUUGAUGGUGAUACAUCUAGAUCUGUAAUUUACAACCUUUUGACAUUACUUCAAUCGGGUGGUCAUGAUUUAUCGCCAGUAUCUUCAAAAAAUUCACUCAUUCCAGUUUCUACUCUUGCCUCAGACACCAUUUCAGUCUAUAGUUCUAUUAGUAGCACCUCACAUACUGAAGAACAACGUCAACAAAUCUUUGAAAACAUUGUCUGUACAGUUACUGGAGUUAUUUCUGCUUUAGCUGUUUCAAUGUUAGGUUAUCGUUUACGUAAUCAUACUCCUGCUUUAGAUGCCCUUAUCCUUGAAAAAUUUGUUGAUAUUGCUCUAAUAUCAUCUGAAAAAAUUUUUACUGAAAUUGUAAGAAAAUUUAAUGAUAUUAGUCAUGAAUCUCUUUCUCCUGAAAACAAAAUGGUUACUACUGCAGUCCUUAAAUGUCAAAUGGAUUUAGCUAGUAGAAUAAAGUCACGCCCUGAAUUCUAUAGAAUAUUUUUAAAUAAAAUUUUAACAUUAUUUGUUGAUAAAGGUGGAGUGAUUCAUCAGAUCAUUGCAAAAAAUGGUAGAUUUCAGAUUACUUCUUUAGCAGGAGAAAUUGGAAUUCUACUUCCUGUACUUAAAACUCUACUAUCACAUGAUGACUUCAAAGUGCAUUUGAAUGUUUCUAAAGAAUUGGUUGAACUUUUCCGAAAUUUGUGGUUUCACUGUGUCUUAUAUGGCUUUGUUUCAGAAGCUGAUGCAUGGAUACGUGAAUGGCGUGAUUCCUUGGUUCUAAUUGCACAAAAAACACCACCAUUGGUCCAAGAAGGUGCAACAAAUUAUCUUGAAAGUGAUUUAGAAUAUAACUCAGUAUUACGUCGUGGAAAUUCUGACCAGGAUCUUGCAAAUCUACGUUCAUCACUAUCAUCCUAUCUUCCAAACCAUGCCUCUGAAAUAAAAUAUUUUUCCUUUGCAGAAAUCACUUUUUUGCUUUCAGUAUAUCAUAUAGAAAUAAUGAGAAGCCAAUCAGGUCAAUGUUCUUUUAUUCACAGAUAUCUUGUUAAUCAAGGAGUGAAUACAAGCAAGUUGGUUGGUUGUAUGGAAGAAAUUGGAAACCAAGUAAUGGAUGUCUUUAUUAAUGAAUGUUCCAAAAGAGUAAUUUCGCAUACAAUCAAUGAGAAUGUAUACACACAAGUUCGUAACCUAAUGAUUGUAAUUUGUCAUCGUCUCAGUAAGGUUCAUCAACUGGCUGUUAAACAACUUGAUAAGCUGAUGAUUGAGCUUCCUUCUUUAUUAUGCAACAAAAAGUUAUUAUAUUUAUUGUUGGAAUUAGUUGAAUUAAUCUGGCAAAGUUGUGAGAAUGAAUAUACAAGUGAGUAUUCACCAGAAUACAAGUUUUCAUCUCCAAAGGUUGGAGUGACACUUGACAUUCCUGAUUCUUAUAAUUAUCGAAGAGAAAUGUUAUCUAGUUUAUGUGAAUAUGGCAGAAAAUGGAUUUUAUUGGCAAUGAUGCAAACACCAUCAGAAAUUAGAAUAUUACUUCAGGAUUAUCUUGCAGAAGUAGAUCUAUGCUACUCAGAAAAUGUGGUACACAUGGGUAGAUCAAUUGCAAUUGAUGUUGCAAAAACGUCUUCAAAGGCUGAUCGUGGUAUGAAGCAUUUUUCUACAGACAAUAUAUCUGAGUUUAUGAAAGAUUAUACUUCUCAACGAUAUUAUUCUGGGCAAAUAAUAGGUGCACAACGUUGGUUGACAUUACAAGCAAAUGAAGGUGAAAAUCUUGAAAAAUUACCCAUUAAGAUUGUAGAAAAUGUUUUGGAAAAACAGAGUCAAAAGAUAAAGAAUUCAUUAGCUAACCUUGAAAAAAAAAUUAAUGAUGGUGCACAUGUUUCUUUGAAGGAACUAAAUCAUUUGAUGCAUUUAGCUUCCAAUAUAAUUAUUGAAUUACCAAAGGUCAAUUGA